UGUGGAAGAUGCGGACGCCUAUCCAGAAAUUGCGCUUAUGAGACUAAGGAACCCCCCCAUCUCAUAGAUCGUCUCCAAAGAGAUAUUCAUCGGCUGGAACUGGAGGUGGUGACUCUAUCCGCCAAUCAACGAGUCACGCCAAGGGCCCUUCCGCACCAUUCUCACGAGCUCCUUGACGCAGUUGCGCAGAUCGCUAACAGCUCGGUUGGGUCUGUGCAGGGCCCAGAGGCCGUCAUCCCUUUCUAUAGAGAACUAAUUACCGCCUCGAGCGCCGUGAGAUAUGUGACGCCUCAAUACCUAGAGGUCGGCUAUAGGACUACGAUUCACCGAGAGGUAUUGAGGGAUCGCCUCGGACGCUGGAAUCAAGUCACAGAGCCAGACAAUGAACUCCACAGUAUAUUGCGUUUUCAUUCCGUUUCGGGCGCACUUCAACUUUUACUUCGACAUACCCACAUUCCUCCAAGCCUCCCGGUAUCCUUCCUCGCAUCCACAAGGAAUCCAUCCUUCACUUCUGAAUGCUAUAUAUCUGGUAGCCUGCAAUUUAGCAUUUGGGAGUCAAAAUCCCUAUGAUUCCUUGUUCUUGACUCGCACACGAGCGCACCUUGACGAAGCGCUGUCAAUGGCUGAUAGACUUACACAUUUCAUGUGGGGGUCCUUGGUCCUGUGCACAUAUCUUGCCCGCCUAGGAAGAAUAAUGGAAUCGCACUCUGUUUCGGCGACAACCGUGUCCUUUGCUGUCGGCUGCGGUCUGCCGGAGCGUGCUGCCCUCGAGCAAACUGGCCACUAUGUCGAUAUUCAGGAGCGACAUUUGUGGGGCGCUCUGUGUAAUAUGGAGUUUGCUCAUGCGUGGACGUUUGACCUGCCAUGCUCUGUUCCAGAAAGAUUCGUUAAUGAAAUGGAAGCUCAUUAUUUUAAUAACGUCUUGCACGGUGUGUCGACAUUGGGCGAAAAGGAUAUCGUAUACUUGCUCUCUUGCACCUCUCUCAUGGUUUACUUAUCGGUUCGGCUACGGGAUCAAUACGACGAAGCGGCUAGAUUGAACAACAGCCCUUCGUCGUCCCUCUUACAACGGUUAUACAAUCUGGGAGAUCGGUUAGAUCUGUUCCGACAGUCACUUCCUCCAAUUGAUUCACCGGAAGGCCUUUUGCCCGGCGAAAUCACCAGUCAAAUUAAUCAUCUUCUUGUCCGUCCGCACUUCGGCGUUUGUCUUGCCGCCAUACAGUUGUGGAACAUACUGGCCCCGAAGGAUGACAUAGCAUACGCGAACGUAGUCGAAGCAGCUUUGAGCUUGGCGAGGCUCGCUCGGAUUAUACGCUUGAACGCUUCUGGGACGUGUCUUCUUCAUGUCCCACUUAACAUGAUCUCGCACACUUAUACGGCUUCUGAAGUUCUGAUUCGAGAGUGCCAUCGACCACGUUGGUUCCCUGGACGGACGCCCAAACCAGGCUCAUCAACCGUGCCAUCUCCGUUAAUGACUCUGCCCAAUCAACCUGACCGACGCGUCUCCGAUGGAUUAAAUUGGCUGUUUGACUUCCAGUUAGAAAUGCUGCGCCACUACCCCCUUCUAGCUCGCUCACUGGGUAAACUCAAAGAUCUAGUCGAUGGAAGCGAAGCCUAUGAUAUGAUAUAAUUAUAGCUCUAAAUGGACUUGCAUAACGAUUACAGAACACCUCUGUAACUGCUA